AUAGCUUCCACUCUUUUUCAAACCGCUCACUGUCUUCGCUUCACUUUUCGAUCAACUAUGUGCAAGCCAAGGUUAUUAACUCUAGAUCUCAUGCACCAGGAUGUGUGACGCAUGGGCUGUUCUGUAUGGCUAUUGAGAUCACAUAUGAUGUCAGUACGCAGGAGAGGAGAUGGUUGGAUGCGGCUACGCGACCUCAUACUCCUUACCACCAUGCUCACUUUCCUUGUGGUGCUCUGGCUGCUCUGGGCUGCAACCUCUUCGCUGGUUGGCUCGAUCAUGGGCUGGAUCGGUGGUCAUACUGUCACGGCAACCUACGUCCAUCAUCGACAUUAUCCAACCGGAUCCCUCAUUACAAUGAUUGACAUCCUUCUGAUGCUCUUAAGAUCUCUCCCUACAACACUUAGGAAGCUUCUGAUACUCUUGGCAAGCGCCUCGAAAGAUCAGUAUACUCCUACUUCGGUUCGGUAUAGUCCUGAGAUUCGGAGGAUGACAAAAUACGACCUUUCAGAAGAUAGUCAUGUGUCCUGA